GUUCCCGGUUCGCUCCCCGCAGCCGAACGGCCAGCAGCAGCGCGGUGGUGGCAGCCGGGCUCCAGUUCUUCACGUGAGACUCCUGAGGAAAACAGUCACAAAGGAUGAGUGAACUGGAGCAGUUGCGGCAGGAGGCUGAGCAGCUGCGGAAUCAGAUCCAGGAUGCCAGGAAGGCCUGCAACGAUGCCACGCUGGUUCAGAUCACCUCUAAUAUGGACUCCGUGGGCCGAAUACAAAUGCGAACCAGGCGUACGCUGCGCGGCCACCUCGCUAAGAUCUACGCCAUGCACUGGGGCUAUGAUUCCAGGCUGGAAAUAACCCUGCCCCACUGUAUAAUCUCCUCACACUUCCGACUGCAGUCAGACCUGAGACUGAAGAAAGUCAAGAAGCUGAAAGAUACUGUUAUGACAUAUUUGUACUUACUGAGUGCUGGGAUUAAAGGCAUGUGCCUCCACUGCCUGGCCUUGUCGAGCUUUCUGAAAGGGGGAGGGUUUGGACUGGGUGUGGGGCUGAGGUGGAGCUUCCAACGGUUCAAACUUCCUAUUGGCAUUGGGAUGAUGUGGGGAGGGGGAGUCGGGAGUCAGUGGGCUCAUGCUCAGCAUUCCGUUAACUGCCAUCCUGGAGGCCUCAGGGAUCCGUUUCUUGAGGAAGCGGAGAAGUUCUUCCCAAGUGGAUAUGCCUUUGCCACUGGCUCUGAUGAUGCCACUUGCCGGCUCUUUGACCUCCGUGCAGACCAGGAGCUACUGUUGUAUUCUCAUGACAACAUCAUCUGCGGCAUCACUUCUGUGGCCUUCUCAAAGAGUGGGCGCCUCCUGCUAGCCGGCUAUGAUGACUUCAACUGCAGUGUGUGGGAUGCGUUGAAAGGAGGUCGGGCAGGUGUCCUUGCUGGUCAUGACAACCGUGUUAGCUGCUUAGGUGUCACUGAUGAUGGCAUGGCUGUGGCCACCGGCUCCUGGGACAGUUUUCUUAGAAUCUGGAAUUAACAGUGUCAUUUUUUUUGUUCUCCAAUGGUUAUUUGGAGAAAUCCAUGCUACAGCCUAUAGCUAUGAGAAAAACUCUACCUUCUAUUUGCGGAUGAAGAUGUUUCUAUUGAAAUGACUACAUACGAAAAGAAGCUUUCAAUAAACUACAACCAAAUGGUGUAAAAGGAA